CAUGCUGGACAUUCAUAACUAAGGUGCAUUCUAGUGCACAUGGGCUGCAGAGAACUUUUUCCUAAACCUAACCAUAGUCCUGGCCCUAUCAUAGCCCUGGCCCUAUUCUCAUCCUAACCCUAACCUUGUUUGUAAUUGUGCACAAUAAUUCAAGGUUUAAGGCAUAAUAAUUAAUAAUUAAUAAUUCAUUAUGACUGUGGUAAAACAACAGGCUCCUGGAUCAAGUUCUCUGCCACCUAGAUUGUCUUUUGAAACUCCCAAUGGGACAAAGAAUAUCUAAGGUGUUUUUCCUGUAUUUUAUUUAUCAUUAUUUGUCAUCAUUUGUUACAUUUUACAGUUUUAUGCAGGUAAAUAAGGCACUGCAUUGUGAUGAGCGGCUUUGUCCACCAGAUGGCAGCAUUGACCUAUUUAUAAACGCCUGUUGAAUGUUUGUGUGAAAAAAACAAAACAGUUCACCUGACUUCACUUUGCUGCUAGUGAUCGAUGAGAGAAGACUCCCGCACUCUGUAAGCAUUUAACUUUUAUUUCCUCUUUCCUUUUCUAUGGCACAUCACGCCUGAUGAAGGUUAUUCUUACCGAAACGUUGCAUGGAUGUGUCAUAGUUUGUAAAUAAAUAGUGCUAUUUUUUCGAACUUUUGGACUUUUUCCUUGGAUUAUAUUUUUCUAUUUUUACUGCCCAUGUGCACAUUUUGGCUACCUCCCAUUACUGUAGCUUAUCUUUUAUCUAUAUAAUGUCCGAAUUUGUGCGGAUGCAGCCGCUAUUUGGGUCAAAUCAAUCGAUCCGGGACAGGGCCUUCGGACGGCCGCCAUUAAUGCUAACUGUUAGCCCACAACCACAUGGUCCUAGCUUUGACUCUGGGCCACACAAGAGCGGCCAUUUAGGCUACAGAACACACCAGGGAGGUAGCCCCCAAGACAAUCAUUUUGGCCUCCAAACUAGAUGCAUGCAAAACAUCAUAAUUAUGAUGCAUCAUCAAAAAAACAUUAAUAAUCAAAAUUGGCCACCAACCAUCAAAAGAAUGGUUCAAACACUGACUAUCAUGAUCAAGCCUGCACAAAACAAUGCCGGCACGCAGGCUUUGAUCUCAGUGAAUGCAAAAAAUUGGGCUGACACAACAAUUGGCAUAUUAAGGAAGCAUUAUUUAAAUUCCAUAAAAAUUGAAAUGGACAAACUGACCACCCAAAUUGAUUCAAAAUGGAGGUCCGCUUUCUUCAUCGCUUCCAAUUGGGCCAAGAAAAAGUUGGGCUCAAAAUUGACUCUUGACACCCUAAAACAUGCGGAGACCCAAAUCACUUCGCUGGUGUCACCUGACCCCCACAUGGCUACCACGACUGGAGACCAGGAUGACGCAGGACGAGCAACACCAUCAGGACCGACCGAUGACGUCACACCGGCGACUCCCCCCGAUCCACCCCCGAAACCUCGGGCCCAGGCGGAGAUCCAUGGCGAGUUCCGUCCUUCUACCGGCGCGGCACCGGCUGUUCCCACGACUCCACAACCGUCCACGAUACACGCUGAGGCUACCUGCCCCCCUUCUGUGACGCAAGAAUACGGCAGUAAAGGGUUACCCUGCAGACGUCCCGUGAUCGACCGGAGACCUUGGACCGUGGGACCCCGGCCCCCCCAGGUACGAAACCGGACUUAUUAUGAACCCCCUCCCACCUGCAGGCGACUUGGGACGGAGAGGUUGAAGCGCACGAGUGCUGAACUCAUCCGGCCUCCUGAAUACAGCUCGUACACCAUCCCUGUCGAACCAGAGCGACAGCCCAGCACCGACCUCACCGAUGUGCUGACACGGUGGUUCCGACAGUGGACUGGCCUAUCCCACAUGGGGUGCCCUACUCCAGUAAACAAUCUGGUAAAAUUAUUGUAACUAAACAGGGUCCUCGGGGGUUCCCGUGUUUGGCGGGGCGUCACCUUGGCGGGGGGAUAGAUGGACAGUGCACACACCCCUCCCCCCCUUUUUCUUUCUCUCUCUCUCUCUCUAUCUCUCUAUUUUUCACACCCUCCUCUAAACCUAACCCUAACCCUAACCCGCUGGAGCGGUUAAAAAGAUGGUGCCAAUCCUGCUUGAGUCACGUGACCUCUGACCCCGGAGCUGCAUCCUCCUCACGCCUGUGGCGCGUCCGAGCGCACAGGGAUGGAUACCCACACGGUUUGUCUGAGGCCGACAAUACCGCAACGCGUCCGCCGUCAGCACACGCGGACCUGCGACCGACUAUCCGGCCCCCCCCAGCAUGACCUCGAGGCCGCGUGAGGAAGAGCCAGAGAGAGCCACCCACUGCAUAAUGCCCAAGAAGGCAGCUCGGGGACAAGGUGCAGCGGAUCAAAGCAAGCCAACUGACGGUACGACAAAGCUGCGAUGGAGGAGACCCUCGGACCGCUGCUUGGAGACCCCCUUCCUGCUGCUCGAGUGCGCCAGGCACACGAGAGGUCAUCCGGAGGGUCAGCACAUUUGCCACCUUGCAACAGCCGUCGUCACAUGUCAGCAGACGGGACACGGCCACGCUGACCUCUCACACGGACUCGCUGACAUCCAACGACAACGACCCCUCCCCAAAGGUCACCUGGAGGGGUCAACAACACACACGCAGGUCACUACAGCUGCCGCUUCCAACAUUGAGUGUCACUAGCGUUGUUGUCGUUGUGUGCCUGUUGUUUCUGGUCGGGGUCCCCCGGGGCCUUGCGCGCAGUUUGGGCACCACCCUGGCAGUCCUUGACGGACUGUGCAUUCCCCUAAUCCCUUACCCUAACCCCAACCCCAACCCCAACCCUAAACCUAACCCUAACCCCAACCCCAACCCCAACCCUAACUCUAACCGAAACGCGCGUCGCUGGAUGUUUGUCCGCAUGUGUCGUCAUUGCAUUUAACGCCUGUCUCGGAUUGCUUGCUUUUCAGGGUCCUUUUAGGGGGUCUCGCUGUGGCGCAGGUGUUCCCGAUUCGGAUUGCUUAAUUGCAGAGUCCUCGGGAUGUCCUGCGUUUGGCGGGGGCGCGGCCUAGGCAGACUGUGAAUUGGACCGCCACACUCCUCCCUUCCAACUACCCUUUCCCCGACCCUACCACUAAACCUAACCCACAAGGACACUUGUGAUUAAAGGCUUUUUAUAAAUAAAGUUUCAUUUAUAUUUAUUUGAAUUGUAUUGUAUCCACAAUUUCCAUUUUAUCCAUUCAUAAUGAUGAUUACAACCCAGGCACAACUCAGGAAAAUAAAAAAGAGAAGACAACCAACGCGAAAGAACGAUUAGGAGCAAUAAAUAAAAGAAAAUAUCGGGAUGACAAGGUGGAUCAUGGUGAUGAGGUGCAACAGGAGCAGGAAUGGGAAUUGAUCAAUAUUUAAAGGAAAGUAAUAAGAGUGAUUAGAAGGCAAAACUUAAAUAACAGGCAACUAAAAUAUAAAGAACACAAUAACAGUUCCACCUUUGUGUACACAUAUACAAACUUUGUUGUCUCAUUAGGAAAAGUCUCCUCAGCUUCAUUAAAAGUCGUAUUAACACA